CCUAGAAGGCGAGGCUUCAGCGCACUUCGCCGCCUGAAAAUGCACCCACCCGUAGAUGUGCAGAAAUCUAGCAGUGGCCCUGAUUUGUCGGAAACCAUGGGGGAAGCUGGGGUCUGAGUUGUGAGAGCGAGAAAGAGAUAGAGAUAGAGAGUGACCCGCGUGCUCUCUUAAGGUGUGCCGAUCCUGUUCACUGUUCCUGUUGCAGUGCCGCACCAGCAGCGCGUAACAAAGCCAUGCCUCCCCCGUCGGACAUCGUGAAGGUGGCCAUCGAGUGGCCUGGCGCCAACGCGCAGCUCAUCGAGAUCGACCAGAAGAAGCCCCUCUCCUCCAUAAUACGAGAAGUGUGUGAUGGCUGGUCUUUGUCUGGGUCGGAGCAGUUUGCCCUGCGCUACGCUGACGGCCCUCAACUGUACAUCACAGAGCAGAGCCGUGGUGAGAUCAAGAAUGGGACCAUCCUUCGACUAGCCAUCUCCCCGGCUCGGGCAGCGCGGCAGCUGCUGGACAGAAUCCAGUCGCACGGGAUCGAUGCGCGCCUCGAGGCCCUGAAGGAGCUGGCCAAGCUGUCGGCCGACCCCACCUUCGCCACCGAGUUCAUCAACAUGGACGGAAUCAGCACUCUGGCACGCCUGGUGGAGAGUGGCACACAUUUUGGUGAGAUGCUGGCCUUCACUCUCACAGCGUUCCUGGAGCUGAUGGACCAUGGCAUCGUGUCCUGGGACCUCAUCUCUCUCUCCUUCAUAAAGCAGAUUGCGGGCUACGUGAACCAGCCCAUGGUGGACGUGUCCAUCCUCCAGCGCUCGCUGGCCAUUCUGGAGAGCAUGGUGCUGAACAGCCACAGCCUGUACCACCGCGUGGCCCAGGAGAUCACUGUGGGACAGCUCAUCGGACACCUGCAAGUGUCAAAUCAGGAGAUCCAGACGUACGCCAUCGCGCUCAUCAAUGCCCUCUUUCUCAAAGCUCCUGAGGACAGGCGACAGGAGGAGCAUACUAACCCACUGGACCAGCGGCUCACUGAAAUGGCAAGCACCUUGGCCCAGAAGCACCUCCGAUCCAUCAUCCUCAAUCACAUCAUCAGAGGGAAUCGACCAAUCAAAGCGGAAAUGGCCCACCAGCUCUACGUGCUGCAGGUCCUGACAUUUAAUCUGCUGGAGGAGCGCAUGAUGACCAAAAUGGAUCCCACUGAUCAGGCGCAGAGAGACAUUAUAUUUGAGUUGAGACGGAUUGCCUUCGAUGGAGACAAUGACCCCAGCAACACAGAGAAGAGGAAGGCCAUGUACACCAAGGACUACAAGAUGCUGGGCUUUACUAACCAUGUAAACCCAGCCAUGGACUUCACCCAGACUCCCCCGGGGAUGUUGGCCCUGGAUAACAUGCUCUACCUGGCCAAGCUGCACCAAGACACCUACAUCAGGAUUGUUCUGGAAAAUAGCAGUCGUGAGGACAAACAUGAGUGUCCCUUUGGCCGCUGUGCCAUCGAGCUCACACGCAUGCUGUGUGAGAUCCUACAAGUAGGAGAACUACCGAACGAGGGCUGUAACGACUACCACCCCAUGUUCUUCACCCACGAUCGUGCCUGGGAAGAGUUCUUCUGCGUGUGCAUCCAGCUCGUCAACAAGACCUGGAAGGAAAUGAGAGCUACUGCCGAGGACUUCAACAAGGUGAUGCAGGUGGUGCGCGAGCAGAUCACGCGUGCUCUGGCCCUGAAGCCCUCGUCUCUGGACCAGCUCAAGAGUAAACUCCGCGCCCUCAGCUACUCAGAGAUCCUGCGCCUCAGGCAGUCAGAGAGGAUGAACCAGGACGACUUCCAGUCUCCCCCCAUCAUUGAGCUCCGUGAGCGGAUCCAGCCGGAGAUCUUGGAGCUGAUCAAACAGCAGCGUCUGAAUCGGCUGUGCGAAGGCAGCUGUUUCCGCAAGCUAGGCAACCGAAGGAGACAAGAGAAGUUCUGGUUCUGUCGGUUGUCUCUGAACCAUAAGGUUCUUCACUACGGGGACCUGGACGAGUCCCCUCAGGGAGAGGUGCCCUUUGAGAUGCUCACGGACAAGAUCCCGGUGUCGGACAUAAAGUCGGUGGUGACGGGGAAGGACUGUCCUCACAUGAAGGAGAAGAGUGCUCUCAAGCAGAACAAGGAAGUGCUGGAGUUGGCGUUCUCCAUCCUCUAUGACCCAGAUGAAGCGCUCAACUUUGUAGCUCCCAACAAGUAUGAGUACUGCAUCUGGACAGAUGGUCUGUGUGCCCUGUUGGGGCGGGAGAUGGGGAGUGACCUCACGCGCAGCGACUUGGACACACUCAUCAGCAUGGAGAUGAAGCUCCGCCUACUGGACCUGGAGAACAUCACCAUCCCCGAGGCCCCGCCUCCCGUGCCCAAAGAGCCCAGCACCUACAACUUCACCUACAACUACGGCUGAGCUGAGUGUGUGUGUGUGUGUGUGUGUCUGUCUGUCUGUCUGUCUGUCUGUCUGUCUGUCUGUGUGUCUGUGUGUGUGUGUGUGUGUGUGUGUGUGUGUUUGAGUGUGCGUGCGUGCGUGCGUGUCUGUGUGUGUCUGUGUGUGUAUGUGUGCAUGUAUGACAGAGGGACUGGCCUUGCAUCUCAUGUAAGAAGACAUGUAGUGAGCGAUCCAUUCAGACCCUUUACAGAUCUUCACUGUUGAGAGAAAACAGAUAUUUUCACAUAAAGCUGCCCUCAAGCUGCCCUCAAGUAAUUCAUGCAAAUUAGUGCCGAGCAUUGGAACCUUUUUCUAGAAGACCUUGCAGCAUUGUAAACAGUGUAAGCGUGAAGCAUUUUCUUUUUUUCUCAUAAAGUGAUCAUUUGUUUUCUGGAUCACUUAAGGCCUUAUCAGAUGUGUCCCUGUGUUUACUUCAACUCGUUUACCUGCACGACCCUCUGUAAUGACGCCAGUGUUUUAAUAGUCGUUUUAAUUUUGUUUCUUUAUGAGUGUUUCGCAGGGACCAAGUGUUGGACAUGGAGAGAAAAGAGUCUAUUUAAUCUCUACUAAUCUCAAUCAGUGUUUAUUAUUUGGAAUAGAAUUAUAUUUUUGUAAAUGCUGUUACAACACCAGAGAGAACUAUGAUUGACAGGACAGGAUGGUAUGAUAUCCCCUACGAGUGGGAGUGUUGCAUACAUGAAAGGAAAAUGCAAGACUAGAGCUCUUCAACUAACUGCACUCCAAAUUGUAGUCAUUACUGCUGUUAAGAGGGAGAUGUUUAGAGAAUGAAGCAUCUCAUGCCCUAUGAUACCCUUAAUGUCCUUUAUUACAAAGCUGCCAAAUGCAUGACAUUGUUAAUUGAAAGGAAUACGGGCUCUGAUGCAACGCAGGCUUUGAAAUUGUUUGCAUUCAGACGGUAAUGGUGUCCUCAGAUACGUUGAAAUGAUCUGAAUGAGAUAGGCAUUGAAGGACUUGAAUGCACCUUAAUCAGGUACUAUUUUUUCGAGAGGAAAUUAAAGCAAUGAUUAUAUCAAAGGUCAAGCAUAGUGUGCUACUACACUAAAUGACUGGUCAGAUCGGGGGCUGUGGACGCACGUGAGGUGCAAUUCUAGAAUCGGAUGUUCCCAAAUAAUGUGAGAACUCUUCCUUGAAGAAUCCACAGGUGCAUGACUGGCCAAUACAUGCAAUUCUAGGUACACCAAGAGUAACACAUCAGCUUUUAAUUACAUACAUAUCAUAAGAACGGGAAAGGUUAUAUGGACUCAGUACUUUAUGAAGGCUAAUGCUAGUGGCUAAUGCUAAUGGCUCAUGGACAUUAUCUGUACUCUGUAAUAUGUUUUUCUGUGUAUUUUCACAACGAUGUCGCCUCCACUGUGGACUCUCUGUGGUUCUUGAUUGUGAAGGAAUGUUUUUGCACACCGACAACACUAAAGAAGACCCAUGUCUGAUGCCAUGACCAGCCGAAGUUAGCUUUGGACUUAGGCAUGAAGGCUUCUGAGAGGGUUAUCACUGGUGGAAGGUCCAAAACCUGGGAGAACGCUCAAUCUUACUUUAAAGUUGACCAUUACCCUGUGGAGGCUUGUGAUGGUAGUCAUUGACAUGUUGUUAGUUGAGAAAUAACAACAUUUUAAAGUUUAAAUAUGGUAUUCAUAUAUAAAUCAUUGUCUGUAUAUAUUGUGCUGCCUUAUUGAAACACUUGUCAUUAGUUUGUGUGAAUAAAAUGCAAACUUUAAUUGG